CCUCCUGCUACAGACUGAGACGAAGCUGGCACUGAGCAGCGAUACGGGGGGAGCUGUAACACCACGGAGGGGGAAAAAAGCGAUUACACCCCAAAUACCAGCGGGUUUUUGAUCGCAAUUGUCUGGGUGUAUCUUGGAAAAAAGGCUGCGCGGGUGGUAGUUUGGGUCGAGGGCUAAAUUUCGAAGCGGGCGGUCGAGGAUAGCAGUCUAUUUUCUCAACAACCAACUCCCCAGAUGAACUCCGUCAGAGCCACCAACAGGAGACCCAGGCGAGUGUCGAGGCCGCGCCCGGUGCAGCCCGAACGGAACAACGGGGACAGAGAUGAGGAGGCUCCUGCAGCAGCUGCAGCAGAGAUGGCUAUUGAGGAGUCUGGACCAGGAGCUCAGAACAGUCCCUAUCAGCUUCGACGCAAGACCCUGCUUCCCAAGAGAACCGCCGCUGCCUCUGCCACCGCCUCUGCCUGCCCCAGCAAGGGCCCAAUGGAGGGAGCUUCCACUUCAUCAACAGAGGCCUUUGGCCAUCGAGCCAAGCGGGCACGAGUGUCCGGUAAGAGCCACGAUCUGCCAGCAGCCCCAGCAGAGCAAUAUCUGCAACAGAAACUUCCAGAUGAGGUUGUUUUGAAGAUCUUCUCCUACUUACUGGAACAGGACCUCUGCCAGGCAGCUUGUGUCUGCAAGAGAUUCAGCCAGCUAGCCAAUGACCCCAUCCUAUGGAAGCGUCUAUACAUGGAGGUGUUUGAGUACACACGUCCCAUGAUGCAUCCUGAGCCAGGCAGGUUCUAUCAAGUCAGCCCUGAGGAGCAUGAACACCCAAACCCCUGGAAGGAGAGCUUCCAACAGCUGUACAAAGGUGCUCAUGUAAAACCAGGCUUCGCUGAGCAUUUCUACAGUAACCCCGGCAGAUACAAAGGCAGAGAGAAUAUGCUGUAUUAUGACACCAUUGAGGAUGCGCUGGGUGGAGUGCAAGAGGCCCACUUUGACGGUCUAAUUUUUGUCCACUCUGGGAUCUAUACAGAUGAGUGGAUUUAUAUAGAGUCCCCCAUCACCAUGAUUGGUGCAGCUCCUGGUAAAGUAGCCGACAAGGUGGUGAUAGAGAAUACUAGAGACUCAACGUUUGUCUUCAUGGAGGGCUCAGAGGAUGCCUAUGUGGGAUACAUGACCAUCAAGUUUAAUCCUGAUGAUAAGUCAGCACAGCACCACAACGCCCACCACUGUCUGGAGAUCACAGUCAACUGCAGCCCCAACAUCGACCACUGCAUCAUCCGCUCCACAUGCACAGUGGGUUCGGCUGUGUGUGUGAGUGGUCAGGGAGCUUGUCCAACCAUCAAACACUGCAACAUCAGUGACUGUGAGAACGUAGGACUGUACAUCACAGAUCACGCACAGGGCAUUUAUGAAGACAAUGAAAUCAGCAACAAUGCGCUAGCAGGAAUUUGGGUGAAAAACCACGGUAAUCCCAUCAUUAGACGUAACCACAUCCACCACGGUCGAGAUGUCGGAGUGUUCACUUUUGAUCACGGCAUGGGUUACUUUGAGAACUGCAACAUCCAUAGAAACCGCAUAGCAGGCUUUGAAGUGAAGGCCUACGCCAACCCCACAGUGGUGCGUUGUGAGAUCCAUCAUGGCCAAACAGGAGGCAUCUACGUCCACGAGAAGGGACGGGGACAGUUUAUAGAGAACAAAAUCUAUGCCAAUAACUUCGCUGGGGUGUGGAUCACAUCCAACAGCGACCCGACGAUACGGGGAAAUGCUAUAUUCAACGGUAACCAAGGAGGGGUGUACAUAUUUGGAGAUGGACGGGGUUUGAUAGAGAGUAACGAUAUCUAUGGUAACGCCUUGGCGGGAAUCCAGAUCCGAACCAACAGCUGCCCCAUUGUACGGCACAACAAGAUCCACGACGGACAGCACGGGGGCAUCUAUGUGCACGAGAAAGGCCAGGGGGUGAUUGAGGAGAAUGAGGUUUACAGCAACACACUGGCUGGAGUCUGGGUGACCACAGGCAGCACUCCUGUCCUCCGCAAGAACCGCAUCCACAGUGGAAAACAGGUGGGCGUGUAUUUCUAUGACAAUGGGCAUGGUGUGCUGGAAGACAAUGACAUCUACAAUCACAUGUACUCUGGUGUACAAAUUAGGACGGGGAGCAACCCAAAGAUCAGGCGUAACAAGAUUUGGGGAGGCCAGAACGGAGGGAUUUUAGUCUACAACUCAGGUCUGGGCUUCAUUGAGGACAAUGAGAUCUUUGAUAAUGCCAUGGCAGGGGUGUGGAUCAAGACGGAUAGCAACCCCACACUGAGGCGAAAUAAGAUUCAUGACGGCAGAGAUGGAGGCAUCUGCAUCUUCAAUGGAGGCAGAGGUUUGCUGGAAGAGAACGACAUCUUCAGGAACGCUCAGGCCGGUGUGCUAAUCAGCACAAACAGCCACCCGAUACUCCGCAAGAACCGCAUUUUUGAUGGCUUCGCUGCAGGUAUUGAAAUCACUAACCACGCCACAGCCACGCUGGAGGGCAACCAGAUCUUCAACAAUCGCUUUGGAGGCUUGUUUCUGGCCUCGGGAGUCAACGUCACCAUGAAAGAUAAUAAGAUUCUGAAUAACCAGGAUGCCAUUGAGAAGGCAGUGAGCAGAGGACAGUGCCUCUACAAGAUCUCCAGCUACACCAGUUACCCCAUGCACGACUUCUACAGAUGUCACACCUGUAACACAACAGAUAGGAACGCCAUCUGUGUAAACUGCAUCAAAAAAUGCCACCAAGGGCACGAUGUAGAAUUUAUACGGCAUGAUCGGUUUUUCUGUGACUGCGGCGCGGGAACGUUGUCCAACCCGUGUACACUGGCCGGGGAGCCCACACACGACACAGACACUCUGUAUGACUCGGCGCCGCCCAUCGAGUCCAACACGCUGCAACAUAACUGAAGGCAUCCGGUCCAGUUACACUCUCUCACAUAAAGCAUAUAAAACACAUUACAUUGCACACACAGCCAUUCACACU